AUGAGCCCCGAGACUCUGCUUGUCAUCACCCCGUUCGCACCAGCGCAGGCAUGGAUUGAUGACCUUCGCAAAAAGGUACCUGAUAUCAAGGUUCAUGUUCAUCCAACAAAAAUGUACUCCAAGGAAGUCCCCGAGGAUAUACCUGUGGACGUUUGGGAAAACGCCACCGCACUGUAUACUUGGAAAGCGUUCCCUUCCAUAGAACUGGCUCCAAAGCUGCAGUAUGUCCAAUUGCAUAGCGCAGGUGCCAACCAAAUUCUUGGGCUUCCGUUAUUCGAGAAGACGGACAUUGUCUUCAGCACCUCCAAUGGAGUCCAUCCCCCUCAGAUCUCCGAAUGGGUAUUUGCAAGCUUUCUUGGAUUCCAACACCAUUUCCAUGAGCAUCUCGAGAAUCAGAAAAAGCGAAACUGGGUUGAUCCCGACUCAGAUGAAGACGUCGAAGACGCAGUCGGUUUAAGAGUUGGAAUUCUGGGAUACGGCGCAGUCGGCAGACAAGUUGCACGCGUCGCCAAAGCUUUUGGAAUGGAUGUCCACGCCCACACUCUCCAUGAGCGUCCUACACCCGAGUCGCGAAAAGAUGACGGAUUCACUGAGCCGGGUCUCGGCGAUCCAGCUGGUGAAUUUCCCUCAAAGUGGUUCCACGGCAAGGAGCAGCUCAACGACUUCCUCGGCUCCGAUCUUGACCUCUUUGUCAUCACGCUACCAGCUACACCUGCCACCGCCAACAUGAUUGGGGAAGAUCACUUUGACAUUCUUAGCAAGAAAAAGACAUUCAUAAGCAACGUUGGCCGUGGUUCUGUGGUUGACACUGAGGCGCUAAUUGCCGCUCUCGACUCUAAUAAGAUCCGUGGCGCUGCGCUGGAUGUGACAGAGCCAGAGCCGUUGCCCGCUGAUUCAAAGCUCUGGGGCUACAAGAAUGUGUUUAUCACGCCUCAUUGUGCUGGCAAUUCGAACCACUUCAACGAAAGAACAUUCAAAAUUCUUGCAUAUAACUUAGAGAGGCGAUCCAAGGGACAACCUCCGGUCAACCAAGUCGACAGAUCGCUGGGCUAUUAG